AGAGAGACAGAGAGAAAGGUCUUCCUUUUGCUGUUGGUUCACCCUCCAAUGGCCGCCGCAGCCAGCGCGUUGUGGCCAGUGCACCACGCUGAUCUGAUGGCAGGAGCCAGGUACUUCUCCUGGUCUCCCAUGGGGUGCAGGGCCCAAGCACUUGGGCCAUCCUCCACUGCACUCCCUGGCCACAGCAGAGAGCUGGCCUGGAAGAGGGGCAACCGGGACAGAAUCCAGCGACCUGACCGGGACUAAAACCCGGUGUGCUGACGCCGCAAGGCAGAGGAUUAGCUUAGUGAGCCAUGGCGCCGGCCAUUUUAUCUGUCUUAACAGAUGGAAGUCUGUUGCUGAAGUUAUGAUGGUAGACACUUUAUUCUCACUUCUCUGUCUCCUUUGAAAACAGGUACUGAAAUUAUCCCUACAUCCUUCUCAGCUUUCCCUUAUUAACUUGACAUUCAAACCAACCAAAGCUCACAUUACAGUCAAUAAGUAUUUUGAACUUACGUCAGGCUUUUAACAGAGGCAGGAGUUGCAAAGCUAAAAUCUUGUGUUCCCUAAGCUCUGAAAGCACCAAUGAAUAAUUGAGAUACAAUGAAAGUACACUAGGAGGUACAGAAUGUGAAAGUCCAGGGCAGACUUAUAAAACAAACAUGUAUAUAAACUUCAAAGAGCACUACUAAUGACAGAUAAAAUGUUGUGACAAAGAACAGGAUGCUCAGAUACAUGAUAAUGAUAAUCAGCAUUCAACAAAUCAUUAAUUUUGAGAACUUAAGAUCACAGACUCCAGUGUUAAGUACUGUGUUAGAUGCUAUGUAGAAAGAAAAGUAAGAUGGUCAUGUAUUUUCAGAUCUCAAAAUAGAUAUACAUAGGCAAAUAAGAAUGCAUAAGAUGUCAGUGAGGCCAAAUAUUUUACAUCUGAUCCUUUUGGUAAUAAGCAGAGAUUGUUGUAGAUACAAAUUUUACUCAAAUCUUUUAGAUACCUAAAUUUCACUCCACAUUCUGGAGUGCCUGCUUCAAGUCCUGGUUCCACUCAUGGGUCCAACGUCCUACUAAUGUGCAUCCUGGGAAGCAACCCAUGAUGGCUCAAGUAAUUGAGCCCUUGCCACCCACAUGAGAGACCCACACUGAUAAGAGUUCCUGACUCUGGGCUUGGACCUGGUCUAGACCUAGCUGUGGUGUGAACUAGUGAAUGGGUGCUCACUCUCUGCCUCUCACGUGAAUAAAAUAUAAUAAAAAGUUGAGUGACAUGUGAAUACACAUAUCACAAUGUAAAUAAUUUUCAAAUGAAUUAUAGACAUAAAAUUGUUAGGCGUUUAGAGGAAGACAAAUCUUUACGACAGAGCAGACUGAAAAGAUUAUAGAGUCAGGGGUUUGUGAAGGGUAGAUGACUAGCAUCUACUGAGAACAUAUAUCAAGUAUUAUGUCAGUCUCUUCACAUCGAAUUCAUAUUUCUUCUUCAUAAUCCUAGAGGCAGGUUUUUGUCUUAUCUCCACUUUAUAGGUGAGGAAACUGGCUUAAAGAAAAGUUAUUUACCCUGAGUUGUACACCUAGGAAGAGGUGGAAUUAGAAGUAGCCCUGUCAGACUCUGAAGCCUAAGCUUUUACCCAUAAUGGUAUAAACGGCACAGUGAUAAAAUGGCAGAUAUCCUCAGUGCCUUAAAUACAACCUCAUAGUGAACUCAAAUUAGACUAGGGGUGAUACAUAAAAGUUGGUAGUUUUCAUGGAUGUUGUCAUCUGCUUGCUCUACAAACAAACUCAGAGUAACCACACAUUUCCAUCCUCAGGGGUUCAACAGGGAAUGUGCUCAUAAUGGAUUUAGUGUGAAGGAUGAUGGGCAGUGUGAGACAGGCAAGCAGAUGGGUAGGCAAUGACACAGAACAGAAUUUCAGAAUAAGGAGUUGAAGUGCAGAGAUGCUAUAUAUGCUGAUAGAGGCAGAGAGAGCCCGGAACAUGAAACUGCGUGAAAAGAAUGAACUGACAAACCCAGGGGUUAGAAUUGUCUCAGAAGACAGAGGAGGUUGGAGAACUGACCCACUUGACAAAAAUGGGCUUUGGCAACGUCUCACCAAGGAGGAGCCUGUCUCUUCCCUCUACCAAACCCCAUUGCAAGAUUCAGAAUGGUUCACACUGAGUCCACAGGAGAAAUUGGCCUGGGCGAAAUCGUCUAAGGACCCUAGGGUUGCUGUAGGUCAACAGUCUCCACUGGAGAAAAAGAUCUCGAGGCCGGUCACCUUUGAGGAUGUGGCAGUAGAUUUCACCCAGGAUGAAUGGGACUACCUAGAUGACAGUCAGAGGGCGCUUUACCAGGAUGUGAUGUCAGAAACCUGCAAGAACCUGGCAUCAGUGGCCAGAAUAUUUCUGACCAAGCCAAAUGUGAUCGCCAAGUGUGAGCCAAAGGAGGCACCUUGGAGAGCAGCUGUCCGUCCCCCAGACAAUGAAGUUCUUUCAGGGGGCAAGAAGGAGGAGCUUCAGGAACAAGGGCAGAGUCUGAGAGACGAGGGCACUGGCGAUGACAAGGUCUCCCUUGCUUGCAGAGGCACCCGCCGGAGUCCACCUUCAGCUCCAGCUGGGUCUACAGACAGAACCCCAGUGCUGCAAGCAUCCCAGACUGGGCCACCCUUUUCCUGCCUCACCUGUGGUAGGUGUUUCAGCAAGAGCUCCUACCUGUAUAGCCACCAGUUUGUUCACAGCCCCAAGCGGACUAACAGCUGUAGCCAGUGUGGGAAGUUAUUUCGGAGCCCCAAGGCCCUCAGCUACCACAGACGCAUGCAUCUUGGGGAGCGGCCCUUCUGCUGCCCGCUGUGUGACAAGACAUACUGCGAUGCGUCUGGCUUGAGUCGUCACCGCCGCGUCCACCUGGGCUACCGGCCCCAUUCAUGCCCCGUGUGUGGAAAGAGAUUCCGGGACAAGUCUGAACUCAAACGCCACCAAAAGAUACAUCAAAACCAGGAGCUCCUGGUGAGGACUCUAGACACCAUGGCUGGGCUCCAGGCGCCCAUUGACGGGAGCCUAGGGCUUGUGGAUACAGACCAUGCACCUGGGACCAGGGCCCAGCAACCUGAAUUUAGAACUCAGGAUCCUAUGACCAGGAACCAGGUGAUGACUGGGAGGAAUCAGACAACAGUUAUUAGAACCCCGGGGCCUGUGUCUAGGACGGAGGCACCCUACACCAGCGGCCCCUGCCUGGAUACCAGAUCCAACUCUCUUCCAAUGAAGUCCUCGAGAUUAAAAAUCUUCAUUUGUCCCCACUGUCCCCUGACUUUUACCAAGAAAGCGUAUCUGUCCAGGCACCAGCAGGUCCACUUUAGAGAGCAGCCCAGCCGCUGCUUCCACUGUGGCAAGUGCUUUGGCUCGGUUUCCAGGCUCGUGGAGCACCAGCAGGUACACUGGACACAGAAGAUCUACCGAUGCCCUGUCUGUGACCUCUGCUUUGGGGACAAAGAGGGCCUCCUGGGUCACUGGAAGAACUAUAAAGGCAAGGAACUGGGCAAUGCCCCUAAGUGCUGGGCUGUCCUGGGUCAGUGGCUUGACUUUCUUCAUGAUGCCUCCCCCAUGGCUGGGAAAGACCAGAAGCAUGGAGGAAGUGGAUCCCCUAGAAUCCAGAUUCUCAGGAGAGGGAAAGUGAGAAAGGAGGUGAGCAAGUGAAACAGAGCAAAGGAAGCAGCGAGGGUCUGGCAAUGCAAAUAAACGGCCUUUCUGACUGA